AUACGUGUUGCAUGCGUUGUGCGGCCGAAUUUGCCGAAAGCGUGCAUCCCCAGUGCCCCCUAAGUCGACAGGUGACCCCCUUCCGACCAGACUCGGACCUCCCAGUGCCCCCUGUGCGGUCGUCGCGACCUUUGUGCUUCCAGGAGAGGAUUAAAAUCGGUGCCAAUCCGCCGCUGCUUUCAUGGUGCCGCCGUGUUUGCAGCCGGGUGCAGCAGCACCACCACCCUAGUUUCCGCACCAGCACCUGAGCAUGCCAGGAGUGAAGGCGCCAUCGCCGCACCACCAAAAGCCCCCCAAGUGGGACAAAAAGGCAGAAAAGAAGCAAAAGAAGUCGAAGAAUCAGGAGCACCGCUUGUCCAUCUCAUCUGACAUGAUGCCGUACAGAGGCGACCACCACUCCAAUGGCUACUCCUCUGACCAACAGAGCCACGGUUCUGGGAACGAGGAGUCGGUUAGUCCGGGAUAUGUGAUGGAGCAUCUGGCCACGUUCACUGUGUCCAAGGAGACGGGCAUCGUGUACCCGGCGGACGGGAUGCGUCGGCUGCUGCAGCUGGAAAAGUCAAACGGCAUCUGGUCGCAGAAAAUGCAAAUGCGGCUCGAGCGCUCGUGGGUUAUGAUCAUGGACUACGAGUCGGGCGCCGUCAUGGAGAAGUUCCCGGUCUCCCUCAUCCAGGAGCCGACGGCCUUCACCAGUCACGACCCCAUGGAAAUGUACAACAACAUCCUCGUCUUCAUUGUCGGCGAGGAGCCCUCCCAGCGCAACGGACGCUCAGAGAUGCACAUCUUUCAGUGCCAAAGCAUCUCAGGGCAGGACCUGGUGGAGGACCUGAAAAUGCUGCGCUCGGGCAAAAUGCCCCCUUUGCGGCGCCAAAGCCACCUCCUGCCACCCGCCCCGUCGACGCCACCCCCCGAGCCCCCGCUGAACGGCAUCAGCGUCAGGGACCAGGUCAACGCCUUCAACGCCGCCUCACAUCUUCCAGAGGCGCACAACGAACUGCGACCGUCGUCGUCCGGAGGCGGCGCCAUGUACAACCGCGAGGCCGCCGGGUCCAUCAAUGAUGAGACCAGUUCAACAUCCAGCGAAAAGUACGAAAGAGACGUGACAAUCCUGAACCACUGCUUUGACGACAUCGAGAAAUUCAUCGCCAGGUUGCAACAUGCGGCAGCCGCGUCCAGGGAACUCGAACGACGACGCAAGAGCAGAAAGUCGAAGAAGAAAGACAUGGGUGAUGGGAUGUUGUCAAUGCGCGCAAAACCACCGCCUGAAAUGGAGUUUGUCGACAUCUUCCAGAAGUUCAAGCUGUCCUUCAACCUUCUCGCCAAGUUAAAGUCGCACAUCCACGACCCGAACGCGCCCGAGCUGGUUCACUUUUUGUUCACGCCUUUGGCGCUGAUCGUGGACGCGUCGCACGACUGCACCCACUACGGCCCCAACCUGCCCUCAAAGGUGGUGUCGCCCCUGCUCACCAGGGAGGCCUACAAUUUGCUCAUCAACUGCGUCACCAGCAAGGAAACUGAGCUUUGGCACUCGCUCGGAGACGCCUGGCUUGUCCCUAAGGACCAGUGGAAGGGGUACGUGGCGCCGUACCACCCUGUCUUCAUGGACGGCUGGUCGCCCGACUACCCUGUCAAUGACGAGCGCGACGUGCACCACUCUGCCCUGAGCAGUGCCGUGGCCCUGGAGGCGAAACGGACGCGCGGGGACGAAAUCAGGGCCGCGCAGCAUGAGGCUGAGCUCAGGGAGCAGUACUAUCGAGACGAUUCGCACUAUGGCAGCGACUACUUUGACCACGAGCGCCAGGGUUCAUCACCCCACGACGCGCGGUACCACCACGAAGCGCGCAACUACCGUCAGGAGAGGUACAGCAGGGAGGAGAGGAGGUCGCACACCCCACCUUCAGAGAGGGACUUUCCUGGAAACAGGGACGUGAGCUCCCGCAGCGACAUUUCCGCCGACUCGAUUGAGAGAAAUGGCGUGACUGGUGGUCUGAGCGAGCAGCAGCAGCGCUUUGAACGGGCCCAGCACAUCUGGCUGGACGAACUGCGCUCCAGAAACUGCAAGGUUGUGCAGGUCACCUACCCCAGGACGGCCAACAACGACAAAGAACUCACUGUCGUCAGGGGAGAGUACUUAGAGGUUUUGGACGACACGCGCAAGUGGUGGAAGGCCCGCAACAGCCGUGGACAGAUGGCCCACGUGCCCCACACCAUUGUGACCCCCCACUUCGACGGCCCCCCUGGCAGCGACGUCUUCAACAACCCCCUUUACGCGCGAGGUUACGGACAGGAGUCGCCACGAGAAAGCGUGUCCACCAACAACGAAAGGUCGGCACGUUCUCCGCCUCGCAUCGGCAAGAAAGGCAAACAACCAGUUCAGCAGACGAGACCUAUUAGGGACAGCUCCAGCUCGUCCGAAUCGGAGGAGGAAAGGGUCAAAGUGAAAAAAAUCGUCGUCCCCGUCGCAACGCCCGCACCUCCGCCUCCACCGCCCCCAAAGAUGCCGCCCCCGGCCCCGAAAUUCACGCCUCCGAAGAGCAACUUCAACACCAGCAAAACUCAGAGUGGACGCUCUACAGCGAGCCGACCAGACAUGAUGCAGGAGGAGCUGCAGAUGGUGUUGUCCGAAUGGCGUCGACAGCGACACCUGGACAUCAUGAAGACGCCCGAGGUGUUCAUCGACCAGCAGUCGACGCCUGACGAGGUGCAAGUUUGGCUCCGGGAAAAGGCGUUCAGCGACAAGAUCCAGAAGAAGUUCAUCUCCAUGAACGGUGAUGACCUGUUCGCCCUGAAAAAGGACCAGCUCAUCAGCUACUGCGGCAGGGAAGAAGGCUCCAGGCUAAACUCGCAGCUCAACCUCAUGCGAAACGUGUCUGGAUACAAAACGAGGCGGUCUGCGGAACUGAGGGCGAUUUUGGCAAGGGCGAGGCAAAAGGCUGAGGCUGGACUGCCCAGGACGGACGUAAGCAGCAGUGACGAGGAGGAAGAGUUGGACGAAGACGAGCACAAGACAAAUGGCCACGCUGAACUUUGAUUUUUUUUGUAACCUCAAAUAUUCCGGUGAAAUGAUUUUAAAGAUAUCUUGGAAAGGAUUAUGCAAACUAAAAUUAAUAUAGCUUAUGGAACAGUGAUUUUAGUUUGAAAUAACCUUUCCAAUAUAGCGUGGAAUCAGCUUUUGGCAUGAGCUACAAUUUUUUUUUUUUAAA